AUGAUAAGAAAUUGGUGGACUAGUGGAAAAUCACGACUUAAACUUGAGCCUAUUGUGAACCUCAAACAUCAGACUCGUGAACUUCCGGAUGGAUCACGAAUCAGUGAACUGCUUGAAACCGAUGAAUUAGUGCCGUAUUUGCAUGAAGAUGCACGAACAAUAUAUGAUUCAGUGCUGAGAGGUCUCCGUUUAUCCAAUAACGGCCCGAUGUUAGGAUCCCGAGUGAAACAAGAAGAUGGUAGUGAACCUUACGUUUGGCUUACAUAUCAAGAGGUGAUUGAUCGAGCAGAUAUUCUGUCGUAUGGUCUAAUUUCUCAAAAUCUUCUAUGUAGAAGAAAUAACUACAUUGGUCUUUUUGCCAAAAACUGUCCUGAGUGGAUAAUAGUAGAGUUAAGCACCUAUAGAACUGGAAGUGUACUAGUUCCGCUUUAUGAAACUCUAGGUUCUGAUGCUCUCACAUUUAUUAUAAAUCAGACGGAGAUGGAAUUGAUUUUUUGUGAUACAGAAGAACGAGCAACAGCUGUUUUAAAGAAGAAAAGUCAAUGCCGUUUACUGAAGACAAUUAUUAUUAUGGAACAAAUUUCAACCGAGUUAUCAAGGAUGGCAGUGAAUAACGGAGUGGAUAUUCGCAGUUUUUCUUCUCUUGAAAUCCUGGGAAAAUCUCUUAGUCAAAAACCGUUGUUAAAGGUACCACAACCUGAAGACGUAUGCACUAUUUGUUACACAUCUGGCACGACAGGAACACCAAAAGGUGUUGUUCUUACUCACGCUAACGUUAUUGCCUGCAUGACUGCGCGCAGUUAUGUUCGGAAUGUUAACCUUAGCUGUAAGGAUGUGGUUAUUAGUUUCUUGCCGCUUGCACAUAUGUAUGAGAGGAUCAUCGAAUAUAUUUUUUACCAGUUAGGAGCAUCCAUUGGAUUCUUUAGGGGGGAUAUACGUGCUCUAGCUGAAGAUUUUAAAGAGCUUCGUCCUACUAUUGUAGCACUCGUUCCACGGGUGCUGAAUCGCGUUUACGAUAAAGUAAUGUCAGAGCUCAACAAAUCAUUCUUUAAAAAAACAGUUUUUGGAACAGCUUUAGCAUUUAAGAAACGUGAUAUAAAAAAUGGUGUAUUACGGAACAAUACUAUCUUCGACAGAUUAGUUUUCAAGAAGAUACGCGAAGGUCUGGGUGGUCACGUAAAACUAAUAAUAUGCGGCUCUGCUCCACUCGCAGAAAACGUUAUGCGGUUUGCCAGAAGUGCUAUGGGAUGCGUGGUUUUGGAAGGUUAUGGUCAGACAGAGUGUGUGGCUGCCUGUACUCUAGGGCUAGAAGCAGAUUCCACGGCGGGACAUGUUGGCAUACCUAGCAUUUGUAACGCAAUUAAGUUGAUGGAUGCCCCAGAAAUUGGAUAUUUUGCAAGCAAUCAAGUAGGUGAAAUCUGUAUAAAAGGCUACAAUGUAUUCAAGGGGUAUUUUAAGAAUGAGUCAUUGACCAAAGAAGUUUACGAUAAAAAUGGUUGGUUACACACCGGUGAUAUAGGUCAGUGGCUGUCGAACGGAACUUUAAAAAUCAUUGACAGAAAGAAGCACAUUUUUAAGCUUUCACAGGGAGAAUAUAUUUCACCAGAAAAGAUCGAAAAUGUUUAUUUAUUAUCUAAAUUUGUUUCACAGUUGUUUGUACACGGUGACAGUCUAAGAACAGCAUUAGUUGGUGUUGUGGUGCCCGAUCCAGAAUGUUUAUCACGAGCUUUGUCUGAGCGUUGCAAUAUCAGAGGAAAAUCUUUCAAGGAAAUUUGUUGCUUAGUGGAGGCCAAAAAAAUUUUAUUUGAAGAAAUGACUACGUUUGGUAAAAAAGCCGGGCUUUGUUCGUUUGAGCAGGUAAAAGCUAUACAUCUUUAUCCAGAAUUAUUUUCUGUGGAAAACGGCUUACUGACGCCAACACUGAAGAAUAAGAGACCAAAUUUGAAAAAAUUUUUCUCAACUCAGAUACAAGAGAUGUAUUCCGAUUUAACUUGA